UAGUUAAUUUAAAAUCGCCGCAGACGUGCAACGCGCCACUAGAGAACCGUCCGAAGCGUCCAUUAGACCCACAAACCGCCAGCGCUUAGGCAGCUAACUGUGUGCACGUGUACGCGUCGUUCGUCGCGUUCUCCAAAUAACAGAAUUUUGUGAAACAAUUUUUCGAAUUCGCGAACGUUCAGUCAGCGCUUCUUACGUGUUUCGCGCGUUCAAGUCCGAUUUAAUAAAUUUUAUUUUAAAUCAAAGCAGUGAAAGGCAGUCGGCAAGAUGGUUGUCAACUUUAAGGUCUUUAAAAAGGUCUCACCCAACAACAUGAUCACCUUGUACAUGAACAAGCGUGAAUUCGUCGACUCCAUAACGGUGGUGGAGCCAGUCGAUGGUAUUAUCGUUCUGGAUGACGAAUAUUUGCGGCAAAAUCGCAAAAUCUACGUGCAACUCAUCUGUAACUUCCGUUAUGGACGCGAAGACGAUGAAAUGAUCGGCCUGCGUUUCCAAAAAGAACUUACGCUCGUCUCGCAGCAGGUGUAUCCACAGCAGAAGGUCGACAUACAGUUGACCAAAAUGCAGGAACGUUUACUAAAGAAGCUCGGCUCCAAUGCUUUCCCAUUCGUUAUGGAGUUGCCACCCAGUUCACCAGCUUCUGUCGUGCUGCAGCAAAAGGCCAGCGAUGAGACGCAACCUUGCGGUGUACAAUAUUUCGUGAAAGUAUUUACAGGCGAUAGCGAAUGUGAUCGCUCACAUCGUCGCAGCACCAUUAAUUUGGGUAUACGCAAAGUACAGUACGCACCCAAUAAGCAGGGCAUACAGCCUUGCACGGUAGUACGCAAAGACUUCCUACUCUCACCCGGUGAACUGGAGCUGGAAGUCACGCUAGAUAAGCAACUGUAUCAUCACAGCGAGAAAAUCGCUGUGAAUAUUUGUGUGCGUAAUAACUCGAAUAAAGUGGUAAAGAAGAUCAAGACUAUGGUACAGCAGGGUGUCGACGUGGUGCUCUUCCAGAAUGGACAAUUCCGCAAUACAAUUGCAUUUGUGGAGACCAGUGAGGGUUGUCCGCUCAACCCGGGUUCCAGCUUGCAAAAGGUUAUGUAUUUGGUACCGACAUUGGCGGCCAAUUGUAACCGUGCUGGCAUCGCCGUUGAGGGUGAUGUAAAGCGCAAGGAAACGUCAUUGGCAUCGACUACUCUGAUUGCCAGUCAAGAUGCGCGAGAUGCUUUUGGCAUCAUCGUUUCAUACGCCGUAAAGGUCAAGCUGUUCUUGGGCGCUUUGGGAGGCGAACUAUGUGCCGAGUUACCAUUUAUUUUGAUGCACCCAAAGCCCAGCCGCAAAGCCCAGGAGGCCGAGGCAGAGGCAGAAGCUUAAGCCCUGCUGUGCACUUGAUCUACUUGA